UUGCACGUGGCAUCACAUAAAUUACCAUUCGAGAUAAGUUCCAGUCUGCAGAUCUCGGGGGACAGUAUGGCUGGAAUACGCUUGAAAACACCAAACCUUCUAUUGGGGCAUUUUAAGCACUAUUAUGACAGGUGGGGCCCGAUUUUGGGGACGUGGCGUCACGGCCGCGAGCUCACGCCGUCUAACGGCGUGGCGGCCGCUACUGCUCCUGCGUGUGGGUAAAAACAGACCGCCGACUGCCGUUCUGCUGCUCCCCGGUGCCAUGGUGUCAUGGAGCGACGAGACCAGUGAGGAUUCAGUCCUGAACAUCUCCUCCUCCUACGAUGGCAUCAUCAAGCUUCCAGCUACGAUGCACGAUCCGAAUUUCAAUGGUACUGACGCAGAUGUGAAUGUGUUGUGUGAACACGGUGAGCCGGCCGAACGCUUUGUAGCAUUUGAAGGGAUGCACACGGGCAGGAGGUUUCUUGGAUGUGCUAAGAAGGAAGGCAUAAACUGUGGAGUAGUUCAAUGGAUUGAUUUUGAAUGGCCAGACUCAAUGGAGAAGGCAUUGGCCAAGCUAUGGGAUAUGUAUGAGGAGACUAAGUCAGCUAGGUCCAAUGACAAUCUAGAGAGUUCCUUUGCAAUUCACAACCUGACAGAAGAGAAGAAGAAACUACAGGGGAACUAUGACAGUUUGUAUGCUGAUGUGAAUGCUCUUUUGAAUGCCCAGCAGGAGAGGGGUGUGGAGUUAACCAAUCAAAAGGAGCAGAAGCAAUAUCUUGAAGUGAAGAUUGCUGAGCUUGAAAAUGUAGUUGGCAACUUGACGGCAGAGUUGUCAAAGAAAGAGGAGAAGAAGAAACUAUAGGAGAACUAUGACAGUUUGUAU